GAGCUGCUGCUUUACAUUGAAGAAGAACUGAGGAGAUAUCAACCACGCGCAGUGCCUUUGCAGCAAUCCAGUCCAUACAGAGCGGGGGUGAUAUCGGUUAGUUGUUUUAAUACGCAGACAUUUCCUACUCCUGCUGACUGCCAGCCACUCAUUACGGGCACAGUGUUCCCUGCCCUCCCAUUAGAAUCGACUCUUCCCUGUUAGAGACCAGCUCCACCCCACAUCGCCAGUAGCCAUGGCUGAAGAUGAUAUGCGCAAUGAGCUGUCAGAUAUGCAGCAACGCGCAGACCAGCUCGGAGAUGAGUCCCUGGAGAGCACUCGUCGUAUGCUACAGCUGGUGGAAGAGAGUAAAGAUGCUGGUAUCAGGACUUUGGUUAUGCUGGAUGAACAAGGAGAGCAACUGGAGCGCAUCGAGGAGGGAAUGGACCAAAUCAAUAAGGACAUGAAGGAUGCAGAAAAGAAUUUGAACGAUCUAGGAAAAUUCUGUGGUCUUUGCUCCUGUCCAUGUAACAAGAUGAAGAGCGGAGGCAGCAAGGCCUGGGGGAACAACCAGGAUGGGGUGGUGGCCAGCCAGCCUGCCCGCGUGGUGGACGAACGCGAACAGAUGGCCAUCAGCGGAGGAUUCAUUCGCAGGGUAACAGACGACGCCCGGGAAAAUGAGAUGGAUGAGAACCUGGAGCAGGUGGGAGGCAUCAUUGGUAACCUGCGCCACAUGGCCCUGGAUAUGGGCAACGAGAUCGACACCCAGAACCGCCAGAUCGACAGGAUCAUGGAGAAGGCUGAUUCUAAUAAGACCAGGAUUGACGAAGCCAACCAGCGGGCGACAAAGAUGCUGGGCAGUGGCUAAGCUCCACGUUGCUUUUGCGACGAGCGCAGUUUGUCACAAGGCGCAACAUGCUUUUCUCAUGGUAUUUACCUUUUAGGUUUGCUCACAUGCACAUACCCCCUCCCCCCAAAUGUAAAUGUCGUUCUGUGUAUCGUCUGUCUGGCUUUUUCAAUGAUUGUCCUCUUUAAAAAAAUGAUUUCUUAUACUCCGUUAUCAUUCUUUCCAAAGGUUGUAAAUAUAGUGCUGACUUGAUGGCUCUAGCUCACUUGUGAAGUUUUUAUUCUCUUAAUCAAAUAUAGUAUAUAUAUCAUAUAUAAUAUAUAUAUCAUAUAUAUAUAUAUAAAGGUAAACUGCUGGAUGACAAGUAUAAUAGGAAUGCUUUACAAACUGUUUUUCCUUUUCAGUAUCUCAGUAUUGUCUUAGUAAAACUGUGUCAUUCCAUCAGCUACUGUCAUGCUCCUUAUUUUGAUGUUGUCAUGACGUAUGACGAAGAGGGAAAAAAAAUAGAACGAAAGCAAAGAACAGUAAAUUCAAAAAGCACUUAUGUACGAUCCCUUUGUUUGGUUAAUUUGCCUCAGCCGCGAUCAUCAUGAGUUACUGUUUAGACUGUGCAACUCGACUCACUGUAAUAGACGCUGCAUUCCAAGUGAUGUGAUUUGUGAGUUCUGCAUGACAAAUGGUAGAUUUUAGAGUCUUAUACAUAAAACCUGUCUUAAAAAUAUAUAAAAACAAUAACAUGGCAGUAGCGACGUUGACAAACGCAUGCUCAGUAUUAGGACACAGUUGAACGUUCCAUAAACUCCUGCAAUAGUGCCACUCUCUCUGUUGAUACAUAUUUACAGGCAGUGACCAUCGUUGUAAAAUAUUGCGAAAUGAUCUUAAUGGAAAGAGAUUAUGAUGACAAAAUGAGGACAUGGCUGUAACCACAAAAAAUAUCUUGUUUUUUCUAAAUGAAUAUGCAGUUCAGUAAAGAUAAUGAAUAUGCGCUGAAAAGUGGGGGGCUGGUUGUGUACUGUAUCAUAGGUUUUGGAUGCUCUGGAAAAAAGGGGGGGGGGGGGGGGGGGGGGAGCAUUGUUUGCCAUGUAAAGCAAAGGCGCGUAUUUCUGAGAGACCUUACUUUUCUAAGGAGACUGUAUCCUGUUAGUUUAAUUUCCCCGUGUGGUUUGUUAUUGGUCCAAUAAUAAUGAUAUCUGAAUACUAUCAAUACAAUGAUAAUAAUGACAAUACUCUGAAACAAAAAAAUGACAUUCAAAUGUUUUUUGUUUGCUUCUGUACUUUUAGAGCUAUGCACACCAAAAUCGCCGAGAUGUUGAGUAGUUAGAAUACGAUGAAUACAUGAAUACCUUCUCUGAAUGACACAAUAGAUUCAACUGUGAGAUUGAUGUCCUCAAUAAGCAUGUAAUAUUAAAAAUCCCUCUGUAUCCUGUCAGUUUGUGAAGUGGUGGAACAUUUUGUAGCUAGCUGAAUUGAUUAAAAGUAAUAAACCCUAUUCUCUGUG